AAAGUGAGUGGUUGUAAUCUGAAUAAAGGGAAAAAGGCCAUUCUUGAACAUUGAGUGAGCAUAUUGAAAAUGCCAUGCAAUUUCAAUAAAGACAAACAAAUGUAAGAUAAUCCAAUUUAAGAUAAUUCUGUUAACCAUUGUAACUCUUUCAGCUCAGGAAGCUUUAUCGUCUGGGAUUCAUGCCGGUCCUAAUAGGAAACACAGCAAAGGGAAGCAGCUGGGCAGCUGACGUUAUGGAGCCUUCUAACCCUCAAUCAGACCUCUGUCUCUUCAGGACUACUCUAGCCCAAGGCCGCAGAGGCCUAUCUCAGCCGCCAGAAGCCGGACUCUUCCCAGGGCCAGAUCAGCCACCAGAGGGUCAGAGGAGAACGGGGGGCAGGGGUCAACAUGGAACAUCUUGGGUUGCCUAACAUUGGCAACACUUGCUUCCUUAACGCCACCCUGCAGUGCCUUCUGGUCCUGCCUUACUUCUCAAAGGAAAUCCUACGCCAGGAACAACUCUGGAGCUCCUCCCCCUUCUCCAACCUGCUCAGGUCUCUGUCUGAUGUGCACCGUUCGGGUCUACCUGACUUUAACUGCCAUACAUGUUAUUCAUGUCAUUAUUAAUGUUAUUCAUGUCAUUAUUAAUAGGUUUUACAUAAUAUCAUUAUUAUUUGUACAACUUGUAUUUUGAAUAUUGAUUUUGCUUGUAUUUAUGUGAUAGGAACUAUCUGUACAUUCUAUGUUGUGUUGGGACGCUUUUAGUGGUGACAAGUUCCAGACAUCGCGGUAAAGUAGCGGCGGUAAAGUUUAGUACUCUGAAAGAUAAGUUAAAUUAACGACGUGUUUAUUUACAAGUAUUCUUGUUUCUAAGUGGACCCAUUUCCCUCUCAGUUGUGUGCAGCCAGCGAGUUCGACGGUGGAUUGAUGACGGUGGAGAAUUUAGUAGAAUAAUAAAUCCAUCAGUAACCAGAACAGCGGCGUCGUGUAUUUCCUGGAGGGAGUGAUAGUCGAACUCGAGUCUGCGUGAUCGUUUCCUGACCUGCUCUGCAAGACGGCUCGUCAAGACGGACUCACAGAUAAGCCACUGUUCAGUGUUAAAGGACUCACACAAGUUCAUCCGUUUUUUCUUUCAUGAAGACGUCCGUAAGUCAGACACUUAAGUUGUGUUCUUAAAAGGUGACACAAGGAUUGGAAAAUAUAAAGGACUUCAAAGGGCUGUGUGUAGCCAAGUAACAUAACAGUGUGUAACAAGAUAUUAAGAGACAUUAAUGUAAGUGAUUUAGCGAUAUUGAUAAUUCUUUAUUUCAUUGAAUAUAAGUAAUUGAUUUACUUAAGAAGAGGAUUUAUGUUUGUGCAUUUAAGAAAGCUGUUAUUUUGAGUGAUUCUGCAACAUUUCAAAAUCUUUAUAAUGCCUGCCUUUAUUCUGAAGGGUUAAUUUCAAAGACAAUAACUUAACUUGGCAUAUUCUAUUCUCUUGAGUAUUUCUUUUUGUAAAAUGUUUGUUGUAAACUCUACUGUUUAUUUAAGACAACUGUCUUGUGUACAGGUUACUUUCAAAUAAGUUAAUAUGUCACAUAGAAGUAAAGAGAGUCAGUGUAAAGGAUCACUCGUAGAGCCAGUAGAAGAGACAGAGCAGACAGAUGAGUCUAGCGUUGUACAAGAAGCAGUACAGUCUGAAGAGCCUCGACGAAGUGGAAGAGCCCGUACAUUAACGGAAAAGGGAAAAGAAUUUCAGAAAGAAAAAACAAAAGAACUACUAAUUCGCUUUGACAGCAUUUAUGAACGCUGGAAAGCUUUAACUAAGGUGGCUAAGAAAUCAGUUACAAAACAAGAUCCAAGUAACAUCCUACACGAACACAGCAGCACUAUUCAAAGAGAUUUAUCUGAACUGAAUAAUGUUUAUGAAGAAUAUCGCAGGAUUGACAGGCCAGCUCACGAGAUGCGCCGCAAGCUGGAUAAAUGUAUAUCAGUCACCAAGAUUGUUGUACACAACGCGCAAUCUCAAAUUCAAGGAACAAAGGAGGAACUGAUUUGGCCGGAUGCACGCUCCGUAUUCGCAUCUACGAUUUCCAGUGUGUCAUCUCCAGACUUUAAGUCUUCUAAGGCCACUUCCAUUCGCUCUAAUGUAUCCUCAGUUAAACGACAAGAAGCCGCUGCUGAGUAUGCAGCCACAAAGGCUGUGUUGAAGAUUAUGGCUGAGCAAGAGUGCCACCAAGAGAAACUCCAAAGACUUGAAGUUGAGGACAAGAAGAUCGUUGCAGAGGAAGAAGUAGCUGCAGUAACUCGUCGUCUUCAAGGCGAAAGAGAAGAGACUGAACGUAAGAUAGAAAAGGAGAGACAAGAAGCUUUGCUCUUAAAGAAACAGCAAGAAGAGAAUGCUGCAAGGAAGAGAUCUGUAGAAGACUUAAAAAGAGAGCUUGGACGUUUAGAGGAGAUAAAAAGACUGAACGCGGCCAGAGCAAGGCUUCAAGUCUAUGACGAAAAUGAGUUGUAUCCAGACCAAAGGCUUACUCCACAUAAGUCUGAGCUGCCUACAUUUGAGCAACCAAUUGAUCAGGUGAAUCCUGUGUAUCAGCACCCACAACCACUAAGGGAUGUGGCUCCAAGAAGUGUGCUUCAAAACGACACAAGAGAGCUUGUGAAAGUCCUGGCUGAGGCUAUAUCAGCAAAUAGGCUUCCCAUUCCAGAGCCUACAAUUUUUAGUGGGGAUCCACUCAAGUUUAACCAUUGGAAGUCUUCCUUUCAGACACUGAUUGAGAGAAAAAAUAUUCCAGCUGCAGAGAAAAUCUUCUUCCUUCAGAAAUAUGUGGGAGGAGCAGCUAAAGAAGCAGUAGAAGGUUAUUUUCUGAUCGAUUCAGAAGAUUCAUAUCAUGCAGCAUGGGACCUGCUCAAGGAACGUUAUGGUGAGCCGUUUGUGACUGCCAAGGCCUUCCGAGACAAAUUACAUGCUUGGCCAAAACUAGCUCCUAAGGAGAGUGCAGACUUAAGAAAAUGUGUGGACUUUCUACGUAGUUGUGAAUUCGCUAUUGCUCACAAUGAGAGUCUAAAGGUUCUUAAUGAUGAUAUUGAGAAUCAAAAACUAGCUGCCAAACUACCCGACUGGUUAAGUAGCAGAUGGAACCGAAGGGCCACACAAUACCAACUGGAACACAGAAGGUUCCCAAGCUUUAACUAUUUUGUGACAUUCCUGUCGAUGGAAGCUAGUAUUGCGUGCAACCCUAUAACAUCCUACAACGCAUUACGACAAAGUGAACCUGAUAAAGCAAAGAUCAAGAACCAAACUGUAGGUGCCAAGAUCUUCACAACUAACAUCAGUGAGAGAAACAUAGUCACAUGUGUGUUAUGUAAGAAAUUAGGACACAGUUUACACAAGUGCUUCAAAUUCAUUGAAAGGACAGUCGCCGAACGAGUCAAGUUCAUUCAGAAUGAAAGACUGUGCUUCGGAUGUUUAAGUCCUGGCCAUCAAUCCAAGAGCUGCAGUAGCCGGAUGGUCUGUGACACCUGCUCAAAACGUCAUCCCACAUGCCUACACGAAGAUCGCUCAAAACAAGAACCAAAAGGGAAAACAUCUAAAGACAUAAGUUAUGGCAAGGAAAGAAAGCUACUGUCAACACAAUAGGUUAUCAAGGAAACCACAUCCAACAGAGUUGUGCAAGAUGGCAAUACUACACAGACUUCAGCGAUAGUACCUGUCUAUGUGUCAACGCAAAGUGAUUCAAGUAAGGAAGUUCUUGUCUAUGCUCUGCUAGAUUCACAAAGUGAUUCUUCCUUCAUUCUUGAGGAAGUAGCAAACAUUCUAGAUACGAACACGGAACAAGUGAAGCUGAAACUAUCUACAAUGUCGUCAAAAAGGACAAUUGUACCCUGUAAAAAACUCAAAUACCUACAAAUAAGAGGUCUAUUCUCCUCUAAGAAGAUCACAGUGCCAACAACGUACACUCGUGAAUUUAUCCCUACCAAUCGGACACACAUUCCAACUUCAGAGACCGCUAAAGCAUGGCCUCAUUUGGAGCAUCUUGCAGAACACAUUGCACCGCCAAAGGAAUGUGAAAUUGGUCUGCUAAUCGGAUUCAAUUGCCCACAAGCGCUAAUGCCCAGAGAAGUCUUAUGUGGAGAAGAAAACGAACCCUUUGCUCAGAGAACUGAUCUAGGUUGGAGCAUAGUGAGUUAUGGUGACCCACAAGAGCACUACAGUGAUGCAAUUGGAGUAAGUCACCGCAUCAUUGUAAGGAAAGUGACACCUGAACCCAAACCAACAAUCAAGCUCAAAAGGUGAAGUUCACUAUGUUUGCAAUACUCAGAUCAAGGAAAUGAUCAGUCCAAAUGAUGUAAUUAAGGUACUAGAAUCUGAUUUCAGUGAAAGAGUUGAAGAAGAUGCAACCGUCUCUCAGGAAGAUCUCCACUUCUUGACUAAGCUGAGAGAUGAAAUCAAACACAAACAAGAUGGACAUUAUGAAAUGCCCUUACCUUUCAAACAAGACAGACCAAAUCUACCCAAUAAUAAGUCAUGUUCUGUUCAGCGUCUAAGAGGCUUGGAACGAAGGCUCAAGAGAGACCAGAAAUACUGCUCAGACUAUAUGAACUCCAUGAAAGAUAUCAUUGCUCGUGGUGAUGCUGAGAAGGUUCCUGAAAAGGAACUCAACAAUCAUCCAGCCUGGUAUAUUCCCCACCACGGGGUAUACCACCCUCAAAAGCCUGGGAAGAUACGCGUCGUCUUCGAUUGCUCAGCAAGAUUCCAAGACACGUCAUUGAAUGACCACCUUCUUACUGGGCCAGAGCUCACAAAUACCUUGGUGGGAGUUCUCUGCAAGUUUCGCAAGGGCCCAAUUGCUAUUAUGUGUGAUGUGGAGCGAAUGUUCCAUCAGUUCCAUGUAAGACCGGAAGACCAAGACUACCUGAGGUUCUUAUGGUGGGAGAAUGGUGACCUGAUGUCUCCGCCAUCAACUUUCCGGAUGAAAGUCCAUCUGUUUGGGACAGCCUCCUCACCCGGCUGUGCCAAUUUUGGUCUCAAACAUCUAGCCGCUAAAGGUAGGGAUCAAUUUAACCAAAACGCUGUUAAAUUCAUCCAAAGGAAUUUUUAUGUUGACGAUGGACUGGUGAGUGUAACGUCUGAUGCUGAGGCAAUUCAACUCAUCAAGGAAGCAAGAGGUCUUUGCAGCACAGGCAAGCUAAGACUACAUAAGUUCGUCUCCAACAGCAAGCAUGUAUUGAAAUCAAUACCAAAGGAAGAGUGCGCUGAAAGUGUCAAAAACCUUGAUAUGGCUUUGGGAGAGCCACUCAUGGAAAGAGCUCUCGGAGUGCAAUGGUGCGUGUCCUCUGAUGACUUUCAGCUCAGAGUUACAGUCAAGGAACACCCGUUGACCAGAAGAGGAGUGCUAUCAACAGUAGCUUCCAUCUACGACCCAUUGGGGUUCGUAGCCCCAGUCAUUCUCCUAGGAAAGCAGAUAUUGCAACAACUGUGUCGAGACAAGGCCGGUUGGGAUGAACCACUCUCAGAGGAGCUCAAGACACAGUGGGAAUCUUGGCUACAAGAUCUACAAAACUUGUCUAAUGUAAGGAUCAGAAGGUGCUAUAUUCCAGCAAACUUCAUAGAUGUCAAACAGUACGAGCUUCACCACUUCUCAGAUGCCAGCGUCACAGGCUAUUGGGAGUGUACUUAUCUCAGAACAAUCAACACCAAUGGGGAUGUCCAUUGUUCGUUAGUCAUGGGGAAAGCACGUGUUGCCCCCACCAAAGUGACCACAAUACCACGCCUUGAGUUAUCUGCAGCAGUGGUAGCAGCAAGGACAAGUGUUGUGCUCAGAAAGGAGCUUGAAAUAGAUGGUCUUCAAGAACAUUUUUGGACAGACUCAAAGGUUGUCCUUGGAUAUAUAAACAAUGAUGCAAGACGAUUCCACGUCUUUGUGGCUAACAGAAUCCAAAGAAUCAAGUCCACUACAGAUUCAAAGCAAUGGAGAUUAGCAAGAGUAGCACAGGUGUACCCUAGCACUGAUGGAAGAGUCAGAAAGGUAAAACUGUAAUUAGUGACUCAACCUUAGAUAACCAGGGAAAACGCACUACAAAGCCAGUCUAUCUUGACAGGCCUGUAUACAAGACAGUUUUACUGCUUGAAGCAGAAUGAAUGUUAUGGUUAUUUUGUGAGGUGAAAUCCCAAAGGAUGUGAUUUGGUGGGAGUUUAACUGCCAUAAAUGUUAUUCAUGUCAUUAUUAAUGUUAUUCAUGUCAUUAUUAAUAGGUUUUACAUAAUAUCAUUAUUAUUUGUACAACUUGUAUUUUGAAUAUUGAUUUUGCUUGUAUUUAUGUGAUAGGAACUAUCUGUACAUUCUAUGUUGUGUUGGGACGCUUUUAGUGGUGACAAGUUCCAGACAUCGCGGUAAAGUAGCGGCGGUAAAGUUUAGUACUCUGAAAGAUAAGUUAAAUUAACGACGUGUUUAUUUACAAGUAUUCUUGUUUCUAAGUGGACCCAUUUCCCUCUCAGUUGUGUGCAGCCAGCGAG